AGCAAUAUUUGCGAUUGAACUAAAAUGGAAGCAGGAAAAACAAAGAUGGUACAUUUAGAGUUUCAAGAUUUACUGCCAAUUAUGGCAAGAAAGCUAGGCGGAGAGGGACUGAUCAACGAGCUAUGCAAAGGUUAUCGGAUGUUAAUGGAUGGUGACAAGGGAGUGAUCACAAUUGAUAGCCUAAAGAAGAACUCUGAGCUGAUGGGGUUGCAAGAUUUUAGUGAAGAAGAGUUGAAGAACAUGAUUAGAGAAGGAGACAUGGAUGGUGAUGGAGCUCUUGAUCAGAUUGAAUUUUGCAUUUUGAUGUUUAGAUUGAGUCCUGACUUGUUACAUGUGGCUCAACAAUUGUUAAAUAAAGCUGAUAAACAUCAAAAAAAUGUCCACCUUUAGUGAUACUGCACUACUUCCUGU